ACUCGGCCUGCGUCCCGGAGAGCGGAGCAGUGCUUCACUGAGGAGAGCGACUCUGGGUCAAGACCGAGCUACACACACACUCACACACUCACACACACACACCGCCGCACAAUGGAGCUGUUUCCCCUGCUCAUACAUCUCCUUUCGGCGAGCUUUGCCUUGGCUGGAGUGCACUGGACUUAUAAAGAGGGGGAUUUGGACCAGAUGCACUGGGCUGAACAAUACCCGUCCUGUGGAGGGGAAAAACAGUCCCCCAUCGACAUCCAGCGACGUACAGUCCGCUUCAACCCAGACCUGCUGCAGCUUGAGCUCACUGGAUAUGGAGAACACAAGAAUGGCAACUUCCUCAUGUCCAACAACGGCCACUCAGUCCAAAUCAACCUCCCUCCCACCAUGAAGAUAACGAAAGGGCUGCCACACUGCUACACUGCUGUUCAAAUGCACCUGCACUGGGGUGGAUAUGACCUGGAGGCCAGUGGAGCUGAACAUACUCUGGAUGGCAUCCGUUACAUGGCAGAACUCCACGUGGUCCACUACAACUCCGAGAAGUACAAGAGCUUUGAAGAGGCUGUAGAUCAACCAGAUGGUCUGGCAGUUCUGGCCUUUUUCUAUGAGGACGGGCACUUUGAGAACACGUACUACACCGAGUUCAUCAACAACCUGGCAAAGGUCAAAUAUGCAGGGCAGUCCAUGAAUAUUUCUUCUCUAAAUGUACGCUCCAUGCUCCCUGAGAACCUCGCCAAUUUCUACAGAUAUGAGGGCUCUCUCACGACCCCUCCAUGUUUUGAGAGCAUUCUGUGGACAGUGUUUGAUACUCCUAUCAUUCUGUCCCACAACCAGAUUAGGAAGCUGGAGAGCACCAUUAUGGACCUUGAGAAUAAGACUCUGUGGAAUGACUACCGCAUGGCGCAGCCUCUGAACCAACGAGUGGUGGAGUCCUCCUUCAUCCCUCGCCUGGGCAGAGGCACAUUUUGUAGGCAAGAAGAGAUUGAGGCGAAGCUUACGAACAUCGAAACCAUGAUCACUUCUCUCGGCAAAUAUAUACACUCAGGUGGUGACUCCAAGGACAGAGGCAAGGAUCAUGCCAUAUACCCACUGGUGCUAAACUUUCCUGAGAACAAGCUGGGCAGUUAUGCAGUGGUCAACGUGGCUCACACCAUGAACCUCCACUCCUUCACGGCCUGCAUGAAUUUGCAGAUGCGCCCCCGUUCUGUGCACACGGUGCUGUCCUACUCCAACUCGGGCCACGACAACGAGCUCAUGAUCACCAUGGGCCACGAGACAGGCCUCUGGAUUGGAAAUGAGUUUGUUAACUUACCUCAUAGCCUCCACACCCACAACUGGGCACACUACUGCGUGACCUGGGCCUCUCACACUGGAGGAGCGGAGCUGUGGGUGAACGGCAUUGUGGGAAAUGAGCAGUAUCUGCGGGCAGGGUACACUAUCAAGGCCGGCGGUGUCCUCAUCCUGGGGAAGGACCAGGACGGCUAUCUGGGCAUCUCAGACUCGGACGCGUUCGUAGGCCACAUGACGGAUGUGAAUGUGUGGGAUUAUGUCCUGUCUGCCGACGACAUCCAGGAGCAGAUGAGCUGCGAGGACAAUGUGGGGAAAGGCAAUGUGCUGAGCUGGGGUAUCACCCGCUUGAGCUUGUAUGGAGGGGUUCAGCUGGAGACUGAACACAAGUGCUCCUGAGCCACUGGAACACAGGUUCAGCUAGGGGUGCACAAUAUAUAUAGGCAGCUGAUAUGUUAUUGGCCGUUAAAUUGGAAAAUAUGAUUAUUGUGAUUGAAACUACAUGUGAUUAUUACAACUAAUAACUACGACUGCUCUGUUUGUAUUUGCGCACACACUGAUGCACAUAUGGUCACUUUUAAUUCUUCUAAAGCUCAACGAAAUGGAUAGCACAGUGGAUAACACCACAGGCCAACACAUGGUAGAUCAAAGAUUCAUGACAUAAAUCAGUUC